ACUGCUGAAAAGGAAGGCGUCACAGUGUCAGUACUUUAUAUUAAAUAUUUCGCUAUAUAUUGUGGCGUUUAACUUGAGUCGUGUACAAUUAUUUCGCCUUCUAGUUGUAUAAGACCAUAACAAAUGGCCACUAUAGAUGGAAGACCGGCGCAAUAUGGAAUUUCACUUAAACAACUGCGCGAGCUCAUGGAGCAUCGUGGUCGUGAGGGUGUAAUGAAGAUAGCUGAAAAUGGUGGCAUUCACGAACUAUGUAAAAAGUUAUACACAUCUCCCAAUGAAGGCCUAAGUGGAUCGAAAGCUGACGAAGAGCAUAGACGUGAAACAUUCGGUUCCAAUGUUAUACCACCGAAGCCACCAAAGACCUUUUUGACUCUAGUCUGGGAGGCUCUUCAAGAUGUGACCCUUAUUAUAUUAGAGGUAGCUGCAUUAGUAUCGCUUGGUCUAUCAUUUUAUAAACCCGCCGACGAGGAUGCGCCUGUGUUGCAGGAGGAGGAAGAACACCAUGGUUGGAUUGAAGGAUUGGCCAUUCUUAUUUCUGUUAUUGUCGUAGUUAUAGUGACAGCAUUUAAUGAUUACUCUAAAGAAAGACAAUUUCGAGGUCUGCAAAAUCGUAUAGAGGGCGAGCACAAGUUUUCAGUUAUUCGAGGAGGAGAGGUGUGCCAAAUAUCAGUUGGUGAUAUUCUUGUUGGCGAUAUUGCUCAAGUUAAAUAUGGAGACUUAUUGCCGGCUGAUGGGUGUCUUAUUCAAAGUAACGACUUAAAGGUGGACGAAUCUUCUCUGACUGGAGAGUCUGAUCACGUCAAAAAGGGGCCAGAUGUUGAUCCCAUGGUUUUAUCCGGCACGCAUGUUAUGGAAGGAAGCGGCAAAAUGGUUGUUACAGCCGUAGGGGUAAACUCACAAGCUGGUAUAAUUUUUACGCUCCUUGGUGCGGCAGUUGACGAACAAGAAGCAGAAAUUAAGAAGAUGAAAAAGGAAGCGAAAAGGGCCAACAAGCAAAAGAAUCUGACAGGUGAAAACGAUGGUCGAUCGCAAAUAAAGGGGUCCCAAGCGCCAUCUCAACGCGAAACAGUCACGAGUGAGAUAACCAAAUCUGAGUCUGAAGGAAAUCAUUUGCCGCAAUCAUCGUCAUCAGGAGCGGCUGAAACAGGACAUAAAAAAGAAAAAUCUGUGCUUCAAGCUAAACUAACAAAAUUAGCUAUACAGAUUGGAUAUGCUGGGUCGACCAUUGCCGUACUUACAGUUAUAAUUCUGAUCAUUCAGUUUUGUAUUAAAACGUUCGUUAUUGACGAGAAGCCAUGGAAAAACACGUAUGCCAAUAACUUGGUGAAGCAUUUGAUAAUUGGUGUUACAGUAUUAGUAGUGGCCGUACCUGAGGGGCUUCCAUUGGCAGUAACCCUAUCCCUAGCAUACUCAGUCAAGAAAAUGAUGAAGGACAAUAAUUUGGUUCGUCAUUUGGAUGCAUGUGAAACCAUGGGUAAUGCCACUGCCAUAUGCUCUGAUAAGACUGGCACACUUACGACCAAUCGUAUGACUGUUGUACAAUCCUACAUAUGUGAAAAAUUGUGCAAGGUUUUACCAACCCUUAGCGAUAUACCACAACAUGUUGGAAAUUUAAUUACAAUGGGAAUAUCUGUUAACUCGGCUUACACCUCAAAUAUAAUGGCUGGACACAACCCAGGAGACUUACCAAUUCAAGUUGGCAAUAAAACGGAGUGUGCUCUUUUGGGAUUUGUCCAAGGGUUAGGUGUGAAGUAUCAAUCUAUUCGAGAUGAAAUUACAGAGGAUAAAUUUACACGCGUAUAUACAUUUAAUUCAGUUCGCAAGAGCAUGGGUACUGUGAUACCCCGUCCUAACGGAGGAUAUCGACUGUAUACUAAAGGAGCUUCUGAAAUUAUUAUGAAAAAGUGUGCUUUUAUCUAUGGACAUGAGGGCACUUUGGAGAAGUUUACGAGAGAUAUGCAAGAGCGUUUAAUACGUGAAGUUAUUGAACCAAUGGCAUGUGACGGUUUGCGGACUAUAUCUGUAGCAUAUCGCGAUUUUGUGCCUGGUAAAGCCGCAAUUAACGAAGUGCAUAUCGAUGGGGAACCUAACUGGGAUGAUGAGGAAAACAUUAUGACAAAUCUUACAUGCCUCUGUGUGGUUGGUAUAGAAGAUCCUGUUCGUCCCGAAGUACCAGACGCAAUUCGAAAAUGUCAACGCGCUGGUAUAACUGUUCGGAUGGUCACCGGAGACAAUAUUAAUACAGCACGCUCAAUUGCCAGCAAAUGCGGCAUUUUGCGUCCCAAUGAUGACUUUCUUAUUCUGGAAGGCAAAGAAUUUAAUAGGCGUAUUCGUGAUAGCAAUGGAGAUAUUCAACAACACCUUAUCGAUAAAGUAUGGCCAAAACUGCGGGUUUUAGCACGCUCAUCUCCAACUGACAAGUAUACUUUAGUAAAAGGUAUCAUUGACAGCACCGUAAGUGAAAACCGAGAAGUUGUUGCUGUAACUGGAGACGGCACAAAUGAUGGUCCAGCUUUAAAAAAAGCCGAUGUAGGAUUUGCUAUGGGUAUAGCCGGAACAGAUGUUGCCAAAGAAGCUUCCGAUAUAAUAUUAACUGACGAUAAUUUUAGCAGCAUUGUUAAAGCUGUAAUGUGGGGACGCAACGUAUAUGACUCUAUUGCUAAGUUUUUACAGUUUCAGUUAACAGUAAAUGUAGUCGCUGUAAUUGUUGCAUUUAUUGGUGCGUGUGCUGUGCAAGAUUCACCGCUUAAAGCAGUGCAAAUGUUGUGGGUGAACUUAAUAAUGGAUACAUUGGCAUCACUUGCAUUAGCAACUGAGUUUCCUACACCAGAUCUAUUGCUCCGCAAACCCUAUGGCCGUACAAAACCUUUAAUUUCCCGCACAAUGAUGAAGAACAUAUUGGGUCAGGCGCUGUAUCAGUUAAUAAUAAUAUUCGGAUUGUUAUUUGUCGGCGAUGUUAUACUCGAUAUUGAAUCUGGACGUGGACAAGAACUAAACGCGGGACCAACACAGCACUUUACUAUUAUCUUUAAUACUUUUGUCAUGAUGACUUUGUUUAAUGAAAUAAACGCUAGAAAAAUCCAUGGGCAGCGCAAUGUCAUUGAAGGCCUACUUACAAAUCCCAUAUUUUACACCAUAUGGAUAUUCACUAUGAUAUCACAGGUGCUAAUCAUCCAAUAUGGUAAAAUGGCUUUCUCGACGAAGGCUUUAACAUUGGAUCAGUGGCUAUGGUGUAUAUUUUUUGGAAUUGGUACACUUGUCUGGGGACAACUGAUUACCUCAGUACCUACAAGAAAAUUACCUAAGAUAUUAUCGUGGGGUCGCGGACAUCCCGAGGAGUACACAGAUGGUAUGAAUCUGGGUGAGGAACGCUUUGAUUCAAUUGAUUCUGAUAAAAAGCCUAGGGCUGGUCAAAUUCUAUGGAUUCGUGGUCUAACUCGCUUGCAAACACAAUUGCGUGUGAUUCGUGCUUUCCGCUCGACAUUGGAAGACCUAAAUGAGCGCCGAUCGAUGCACAGCUUACAUAGCUUACGCAGUCCCCGUACGGGUAUCCCCGUUGCAGUGGGCGGUGGUCACCCGUUGUACAAUUUUAAUCUACUGAACCCCAAUUACAUCAAGCACCAGCAACAACAGGAACCAAAACUACCACCGCAGACUCAACUCAACGUGUCAAGUGGCAUGAUGUCGCCGGACAUAUCUUAUAUUGACGAAGACCCGCAACAGCAACAGCGUACUUUACACAACGGACUAACUUCCCAGCGCUCAUCAAUGCCCUCAAACGUCCCUUCUUCCAAUCAAAGCUUCUCUAAAAUCGCACAAACCUUACAACAAAAAAUACGUGGUAACAUCGAAACUAAACAUUCCAAUGGACAGAAUGAGACUCGAAUUUAAAUGGUUUUAGUGGGUGUUUGCACCAAAUAUGGUUAAGCCUAUAACAAUUCCAAAUUAGACUGGUUAUGCUUCUCAAAGCGCAAUCCCAAAUCAAUGGCCCAGCUCAAUGUGGCUAUUAAAAUAUUUGUAUCCACAUGCUUAUUUCGAAACAGUAUGUUAAAACAAAGGUGAAUGCGCGAUAUUUUUUUGAUUAAACUUUUAACUCUAAAGAGGCAAACUUAAAUUUAUUAAUCUCAUAAAUACAAAUGUGCAUGUAUAGUAAGCGAUUUCGAAAAUGUAACAUUAUUUAUAUGAACACCCAAUUAUAGAAAGUUAACGAAUAGUUCUCUAACUAUAAUGCCUAACUAUUCAAUAUAAAAAACGUAAGCAAGCAUGCAUUUUACAAAACUUCGUGUUUUACACAAAAAAAAUGUAUUACCUCAGUUGUAUUAUUACUAACACUAUUUCAGAUCUUAUGUGUAUUUUCUCUGAUUAAUGUGUGGUAUUACCGAAGUUUUAAUCAUACGAACUUCGUUGUUCAGUAUAUUAACCUCCGCUUUCAAAUUAACAUCACAAAAUUUCAAUGCCGUUCUUUUCUAUAUCUAAUAAUGAUAUAUUUAAACUUUUGUACAUUUAUACUGAAAAUGUCUGUAAUAAUUAAAUUAAUUAUAUAUUUAAAUAUUCAAAUAUGUUGGUCCAUCUACUAGGAAAAAUCUAUUUUUCACAAAUGAAUAAAAAUGUGGUUUUUCCAUUGAUAUUCUUAUUAAUCGCUCGUUUGCGUACAUGAGCAUACGUAAUAAAUGGGUUAAUGUUAGUGCAUCAAAAAAUGUUUUAUAUAAUAAUUAAUUUUCUUUAGCAUAUAUAAAACAAUUGUCAUAAUUUCCCAUAACAGACCUGGUGUGUCCUUUCCAGAAUUAUUAUUAGGUAAAAAUCUUAUUCAUAUCCUCCACUUUUACUACUACUAUUACAUGAUUAAUUGUAUUUUGAUAAUUUUUCAAAAACGUACAUUGUUAUGAUAAUUACAUAUUUUUGUUUACUUUUCAACACCUAAACUCUAGUUAAACAUAUAUUUAUUUGCUUUUUAAGAAUUAAAAAAUUAGUACAGUAAAGCCAAAGUGUUUGUAGUGAUCCAUUUAUAGCGGCAAGAUUAAUAUAAAUUUCAACCUUUUUAUGACUAUUUUACUCUUUCCCACUUAUAUUUUCUGUAUUACUUUCUAUCUCCCUCUCUUUCUCUUCAUUCUUAAAGGUAAUAGGCGGCGAAUUGCAAGAACGCUUGAUUCCGGUCCCAUAUAGCAAGAGCAACACUGAUCAAGCUGUAAGCCUUAACAAUUUUGUUUUAUGUUAUUUUUACAGUUUUAAAAUAAGUCGAAUUAUUAAAUUCUAUCUCGGCAAAAGCGUAACUAUAAGAAUGAACGAUGAUAUACUUGUAGUACGUUUGUCUAUUCACUAAGAACACAAUUUUUUUAAAUCGUCUGUUUGUCCGUAAUAAUAAGGUAAUGAAAGGCAAGGCAAUUUAAUAGGCGUAUUGUGUGUCAACCACAAGCUUAAUUUAAUAUGCCGAAUUUUUAACCCACCUAUAUCCAAAAUAUAUAUGGUUAUAUUUCUUUUUUAAUUAUGAUUUAGUUGGUUUUUCGUGCCCACUGGUUUUGCUUUAAACUUCCAUCAUGUAGAAGAACGAUAUACUUAGUUUUUUAAUGUGUUUGUUCGUCACCACUUAAAUAAAAUCAAAAAAAGGUUGUCGCAUAAUGCAUGAUUAGGCAAAUUAAUUUUAGAUUGCUGAUUAAUUGGUAAAUUACCGAGCUACAGUCCUCCGAAUUAUGAACAAAAUAAGCGAAAUAUUAAAAAGAAUAAGCAACUCAUAUGAAGUGUUGUUACUGAUUAUUUGUCCGUCUGAAUUAAUUGGUAUUUGGAUAUCCCAUUAUUAACUUAAGAUCUAUCUUAUCAUUUAUGUGUCGCAUCUGCUCGUAGUAAGAAUUGUCAAAAUAAUAUUUGUAUUUAAUUUGAACUAGAAAUAUACAUAAAAGAAAGUAUGUUCAUAUAUGUAUAAUUGGAUCUUUAGCUUGAAUGAU